AUGUAUCCUUCACGCUUCACGUGCAUAAUCACUACAGAGUUUUACAUGGCGACUAAUCAUGUUAACGCCGUCGCAUUCAACUCCACAGCCGCUCUUGUCAAACCCACAAAAGAAACCAAGUUCAAAAAGCCUCCAAAUAUGAGAAAGAUAAGGCUACAACAUCCGCAACAAGGAAAAGAUUUCACCGUGGAUUUUGUAAACGAUGAUGGUAAGGCAGUUUGUAGUCUAUGCAAAAACACGUUUGAGAAGAUGGAAUCCCUUUAUGGUCACAUGAUGGAGGAUCAUUCUGAUGGAGAUUGGAAGACAUUCUUCACAGUGCCUAAAACCCCCACUGUGAUCAAGGUGGCUGAUUCAAUGCUGACUCCAGUACUUAGGUGGAAGUUGACCCAAAAGAGAGGGUGUCACCCAUCAAGUUGUAAACUACCGUCCAUGAGAAAACGUGUGGGAUUGAAGACAGUGGAUCAUGACCAGGGUUUAGAAGCAGAAAAUACCCACCUGGAACUGGAAGUGACUCUUGGUCGUUCGUCUAUCACCCAAACAAGCGAGAUACUAAGGCAGAUACCGGUUGAUCAAGAAUCCAAGGGCAGACGUGAAGUAGUUUUUAAUUUCGAUUUGAAUCAAACUCCUCCAAUGGACAUGCAAGAAGAAGAUGAGCAGUUUUCCGAGAAGAUUGUGUGGUGA